CUGACUUCAGGAAUGUCCACCAGAGCUAUUUCCAGAGAAUUCAAUGUUCAUUUCUUUAGCAAAAGCCGCCUCCAACAUUGUUUUAGAGAAUUUAGCAGUACGUCCAACCGGCCUCACACCCGCAGACCAUGUUUAACCACGCCAUCCAAGUCCUCCAUGUCUGGCUUCUUCAUCUGUAACUUACUAAAAUCAUUGAAAUUGUUGCAUGUUGCAUUUUUAUGCAUGCAUUCAUUUUUUAAAUUUGUCAUCUAAAAACCGCUGAUUGCCAUCAUACUUUCUCCACCCACAUAUUAAACCCUGAUAAUAACGUAGUGAAUACAGAGACAGAGACACACUCCUAGGUCUGUCAAGGGUGCUAAUCCCCUGUCUUCCUCCUCCCACCACUCCGAUAAUCUGAUUAGCAGACGCUGCUGUCUGGUUAACUGACUAAUCCCUGUAGUCCUCAAUCAGGGACACACACACUCUGUCUUCUGUUUCUAUACACCAAUUUAUUUUCUAUUAGUUUAAGAAUAGCAUACAUUUUUCUGGACACACACAGAGUGGUAGCGGUACAUGGUUGUAUUGGGCCACAAUGCCUGUGUUCUACUCCCCCAUACCCCAGAACCUCCGGAUGGGCCUGGCCUCUGUCGGUGGAUCCGUGUUCACUAACAACAGGACAGGGGACUUUAGCAGUGACUACAACAAGGACCAGGAUGAUAAAACAGUCAAUGAGUUGGUGUCUCACCUACCCCUUCAGAUGAUCCUGUACUUCAACAUAUUCUAUUUCCCAUGCUGGUGGGUCUCUGCUGUUCUCAUGCUGGAUCUAAAGUUGUAUUCCCUGCCUGGGUACUACCAGGCUCUACUUGUGACUGGAGUGGUUCUGCUUACCAUCUGUGAAAUCACCAGGCUCUAUCUGGGCUAUAUCGGAAACCUCAAAGAGAAGUCUCUUUCUCUGUGUUCCUCCCUCUGUGAUCAGGUGCCAGAGCUGGCUGGGUUCUGGCUGAUAUCCUUCCUGUUCCAGCUGCCCAUUCUACUCUUCUUCCUGACUGACGAGGACAUCAUCAUCCUCCCUCUGGAGAGGGCCGUCCACUCCAUCUACCUCCUCUUCAUCCUCUCAGAGCUCCUGGCUUCCUUCUUCGCCCUCAGGGCCAUGACCAGGAAGUUAACCCUGCUGUUCCACCUCAGGCAGUUUGGGGAGGUGGAAAAUCUCCAUCACCUCCACCAUCACCACCUCCACAUAGCGGGAAAGAGCCCAGCCUUCGGCAUGCCAUAUUAUGGGAGGACUGUUCUGCCCAUGCCACCACACACCAAUAACAUUCACAGUCACUGAUAGAGCACAGAGAGACAACCAGGAACACUGUGACUGGGAUGGAUGGGACUGGGAGAUGGGGUAUGAUCUGGAGUUAAAGGCGUAGGGGUGAAUAGUUUCAUGUGGAAGAGAGUUCUUGUGAAUACAGCCUUGAAAUGAUUUUCCAAAGAGGGAGGAAGCUUUUGAAGUGUUGAAUGAUGUUCAACAUAUAAUGCUGGAUUUUGUGAUCUUUGUGAAAAGAUGAGUUGAUGCACUGUUU